GGCUUUGGCUUUGCAGUCACGGUAGCUCGAGCUCUCCGAAGUUUGUGGGGAAAUUUUUCGACAGCAAAUUUCAGGUAUCUGAUCUCAGGAAGGAAGAGCCAGAGCAAGUCCAUUCAUCAGUCAAGGGUAAACUACCUCAAGAAUGUAUCUCCUGGGCACCUCCACCAUGAUGCAUCGGUUGCCCGUCUAUGGCAAAUGCAUCAUCUCAAAUAGUAUGAACAGGACAAAACAAUGCCUUGAUUGUUGCCAAAGAUGUAUUCCCUCAAGGAUAUUCCCAGGAAAGGCAUUAGCGAUUCCCCAUUCGUCUUUCACACCAGCAAGGGUCUUUGGAACUUCCAGGAUAUUCCCAAGGACUAUAAAGCAGUACUACUUGUCAACACUGAGACCUUUAAGAUGGAGUGCCCUAAUCAGUACUUCCAGGAGAACUUUUUACUCCUCAUCAGUCAGGAGAAACGGGUUCAGGAGAGCAGACUCGACCAAGAAUGAACCUAUCCCUAGUUUGAAGGUUCCAAAGAGAUCGGAAAUCUGGAGGUUGCUGUCCUUAGCAGAACCUGAGAAAUAUAGACUUGCCGUUGCUAUUGGACUCCUACUCAUAUCCAGUACUGUCACUAUAGCAGUGCCUUUUGCCCUUGGCAAAGUUAUAGACACCAUCUACAAUACAUCGAGCGAAGAGGGCAGCAGAGAUGAUAUGAUGAAGAGGUUAACUAGGUUGUGUACGUUCUUGGCGGGGGUCUUCCUGGUCGGCGCUGCUGCCAAUUUUGGGCGUGUCUACCUCAUGCAGACAUCAGGUCAAAGAAUCAUCAAACGACUGAGGGAGAUGUUGUUCAAGUCUGUAGUUGCCCAGGAGAUUGGUUUCUUUGACAAGACGUCUACAGGGGAACUCAUCAACAGACUGUCCACCGAUACAUCCAAGAUCGGCCAAUCACUCACAUCUAACAUCUCGGAUGGUCUAAGGUCAACAGUGCAGGUCAUAGGAGGCAUAGGCAUGAUGUUUUAUUCAUCGGCUCAGCUGGCUACUGUAGUAAUAUCAAUAGUACCCCCUUUCUCUGUAGUUGCCAUUCUCUACGGGAGAUAUGUACGCUCGCUAUCCAGGAAGGUCCAAGACUCUUUAGCAACUGCGACACAGGUAGCAGAGGAAAGAAUUAGCAGUAUACGAACUGUGAGGGCGUUCUCCCAUGAGAAACGAGAGGAGGCUGCAUACAGCGACAGAGUAGAAGGUGUCUUUCAACUCACAAAGAAAGAGGCAUUUGCUAGUGGAUUAUUCUUUGGUGCAAUGGGUUUAUCUGGUAAUCUUAUCAUAAUGACUGUCCUUUAUAAUGGAGGUCUGAUGAUGACAGAAUCACAGAUUACUGUAGGGGAUCUCUCUGCAUUCCUUCUGUAUGCUGCCUAUGUUGGAAUAUCAAUCGGGGGAUUAAGUAAUUUCUAUGCAGAACUGAUGAAAGGGAUUGGAGCUAGCACCAGGCUUUGGGAGCUUGUUGACAGAAAACCUUCAAUACCACUUUCAAGUGGUCUCAAAUUGGACAUAACUCGACUCAAAGGGGCAAUAGACUUUAACAACCUACACUUCUCCUAUCCAAUGCGUCGCGAUGUGCCCAUCUUCACAGACUUGAAUUUAUCUGUGGAGGCAGGAUCAGUGAUGGCUGUUGUAGGGGCCAGUGGAUCAGGGAAGUCUAGUCUUGGGUCUCUCCUGUUAAGGUACUAUGACCCCAUUGAAGGUUCCAUUACAUUAGAUGGAAAGGACACCACUUCAUUGAGUCCAGAAUGGCUGAGACAUCAAAUUGGAACUGUUAGUCAGGAGCCGACACUCUUUUCAUGUAGUAUCAGGGAGAACAUAGCCUAUGGAGCUGUCAAUCCAGAUGACGUUUCCAUGGAGAUGAUAGAAGAGGCUGCUAAGACAGCCAAUGCCCACUACUUCAUCAAAUCAUUCCCUAAUGAGUAUGAAACGGUUGUCGGAGAGAGGGGUCUCAUGCUCUCAGGUGGUCAAAGACAAAGAAUAGCCUUGGCUCGAGCAGUACUGAAGAAUCCUAAAAUAUUACUUUUAGAUGAAGCUACAAGUGCCUUGGAUGCCGAGAGUGAGUAUCUGGUCCAGGAAGCCCUUGAGAGGCUGAUGGUUGGGAGGACAGUCAUCACCAUCGCCCAUCGCUUGUCAACCAUCAAGAACGCAGACAUGAUUGCCGUCCUGGAUUCUGGUCGGAUCGCGGAGACGGGUGCGUACGAGGAGCUGAUGAGGAUACCGGACGGGUUGUUCAGGAAACUGGUGGAGCGGCAAACUGUCAUGAACUGAUGCUGUCCUGCGAUGGUUGGAAUCGGUAAUUGAGGCCGGUAUCGGGGCGAGAUUUGGCCGGCCUUGUCCUUUGCCAUGGCCUUGGUUGGAGUCUCCAGCGGCCUUGUGACUUGGGAAGUACCGGCCUCGACUACAUCCCUGGUACUAGACCGUACAACAAUGACUGUAGAUGCACACAUACAAGAGCACAAUGGAAAUCUUAACCAAAGAAUUUCAAAAGUUGUUGGAACAGUAGACGAUCAUGGACUACAGCUCCUUACAACAGAGUAGGUAUAGAGGCCAGUAAUAUAAGCUAGAUGCAUUAAACAGUACUUCGUUCUGACGCAAUUUUCCAAUAUGGUGUAAGAUUUUUUUUAUGUACGCUGUUCAAUUUUUAAUCCAUUAUGUAUGGGAUUGAGUAAUUUUGAUUUAUCAUGUCACAAUAUGGGAAGAAUUCUCAAAUUUCCAUUGAAUGGAUUUAGCAUCAGACAUUGUUAAAUGUUGAGACUGAUGCACUUUUGUACAUGUAAUAUGGAAUUUAUGUUAAGGUCUCUAGAAAUCUACAUUUAGGAUUUGAAGUUGUUAAUUGGUUAGAGCACAAUUACGAGACCAUGGUUGAGUCGCAGAUGUAAAAAUGAAUAAAAACAUCAAGCAAAAAUUCUGAAGGAAAAUGGAGCAUGGGCAAAAAAUCUAUUGUAGACAUUUAUAUGUACAGUUGGGGCUAGAAGUUAACAUACCCCCAGGAAAUUACAUGCAACUUGGUCACAUGCCAGACACCAUAGAAUUUACCUUAUUUAUCAGAAAUAUUGGUAGCACCAUGACGAAUUUGGUAUAAAAAAAGAGCUUAUAAAGUACUUUGCAUGAAUGGGGUUAUGAUGGGACCUGAGU